AUGCUAAGCAUUGGGAUUGCUCGUGUAAUAGUAGUAAAUAGAGUAUUAAAUUUAAGGAUGUCUUCCACCAAGUUUUCCUAUGAGGAGGCUGUUCACAAGUUAAACUUGCUUCAGUCUAAUAAAUCCACUAUUGACCAAAUUCGAAAAGGGAUUAAAAAUGGUGAAAAAUGUAAUAACCUAAAAGACAUGGAAAACUAUUUAUCGAGAACAGGAGUCACCAUGUCUAUGUUAGACACUCUGUCUGUAAUACAUGUAGCCGGUACCAAGGGCAAGGGUUCAACUAGUGCCAUGUGUGAGUCUAUACUACGGUCAUAUGGUUUCCGUACUGGUUUUUACUCAUCACCACAUCUUGUAGCUGUGAGAGAGAGAAUACAACUUGAGGGACAAAUACUAUCUAAGGAAAAAUUUGCUUAUUACUUUCACCAAGUGUAUGGAUCACUUUUGGCUACACAGGCUUUUGAAGGUGAUAUGCCCAAAUAUUUUAGUUUCCUAACAGUUUUGGCCUUCAAUGUAUUUCUGAAAGAGAAAGUAGAUGUAGCUAUUGUUGAAGUGGGUAUUGGGGGUAUAGUUGAUUAUACUAAUGUUUUAAGAAAGGUUCCAGUUGUGGGUAUAACUCCAUUGGGUUUGGACCAUACAUCAAUACUAGGUAAUACAUUACCAGAGAUUGCUGCUGCUAAGGCUGGAAUAAUGAAACCUGGCUGUGAAGCAUAUACCGUCCACCAAGCUCCGGAAGCUAUGGCUGUGUUAAAAAAAGUUGCAAAAGAUGUUAAGUGUUCUCUAAAUGUAGUUCCUGAACUUAGUUCCUAUAAAUAUGAAAAUGGGCUUAAGCUCUCUAUAUAUUUAGAAGCUUAUGCAAUGAAUGCCUCUCUUGCCAUACAACUUUCACAUGCUUGGAUACGAAGAAUAGGGGGAAGUAUACAACCAAUGGUGACAAGGAAUGUUACGUGCAAAAAAGAUGACCACCUCUUGGUUGACAUCUUAACAAAAGAAACUGUAAAAGGUUUAAAAGAAUUUAGAUGGCCUGGCCGGUAUCAGACUGUUAAGACUGAUUAUGCUGAGUUUUAUUUGGAUGGAGCACAUACAAAGGAGUCAAUGGAUAUCUGUGCUAAAUGGUUCACAGAUAGCAACAGGUGA